CCGCCGCCCCCGCCCCCGCCCCCGCUUACCCGCCCCGCGCAGCCGCGCCCUCUCCAGACUGAUUCCACCGAGGCACACGCCACCCACACCACACCGCACCCAACAAACUCUUCCCUCGCAAGCGUCACCUCGUCUCUCGCCGCCGCCUCUGCUCGUGUUGGAUUGGCAGGGCGCGGUGGCGUGGACUGGAGCGGGGAUCCAUGCGGCAUUGGGGUCGAUCCCUCUCGUUGGUCCUGCAGUCUAACUGAGUGAAUGCUGGCCCGAGAAAAGAUCCCAGGAGAUAGAGCUGUUUUGUCUAAAUUAAGUUAAAUUAUCUGCACGUCAAAGAUGUCCGCGAUCAUGUUAUGCACUUGCAGCGGGGACCAGUCCAAGUUUGAAGAUCUUCCUCGGUCGCCAGAAUCUCUUGCGACACGUGAUUUCUCAGCAAAUGGCUCUUCUUCAAAGAUGGCAAGUCGUGAAACAACUCCUGAUGAUAGCCAAGUAAAUGAAGUAGAAUCAGACCUAAGAGAGACCCUUUCACUAAAUUAUGAGGAGGCUCGGGCGUUGUUAGGUAGACUGGAACAUCAGAGAGGGAACUUCGAUGCAGCAUUGCAAGUUCUUCAGGGAAUUGAUAUAAGAAGCCUUAGACCACGAAUGACCAUUGCUAUUGCUGAAAGUAUCAAGCCAAGAACGCCACCACGCUCUUCAAGAAGGAAAUCCUCACAAGUGAAUGGAAUGUCAAUGCAUAUGUCCAUGCACUCUGUAAGCUUGCUUCUGGAGGCCAUAUUGCUUAAAGCAAAAUCUUUGGACGCCCUUGGUAGAGUAACAGAUGCUGCAGAAGAAUGCAGAACGAUCAUAGACAUUAUAGAGUCUGCAUGGCCAUAUGGUGUUCAAGAUGGUACUGCUGAGGAGUGUAAGCUAAUGGACAUAUUCCAUUUGGCUCUAGAAUAUCUUCCUAAACUGUGGAUGAGGAGUGGUUGUUUUGAUGAAGCCAUCAUUGCAUAUCGGAAAGCUCUUGCAAAACCAUGGAAUCUAGAUUCUCAAAGGUGUGCCAACUUACAAAAAGAUUUGGCAGUGACUCUGCUGUAUUGUGGUGUUGAAGUGAAGUUCCCUCAAGAAUUUGCUCAGGAAAGGAAUCUGGUGAGCCCUGGGAACAAUAUAGAGGAAGCAAUUUUGUUGUUACUCAUACUGACAAGAAAGCUAUCCCUCCAAGAAAUAAAAUGGGAUCCUGAACUUGUGAACCAUCUGAUGUAUGCACUGUCAUUAUCUGGGCACUAUGAAGUUUUGGCCAGCCAUCUAGAAAUGCUGUUGCCUGGUACCUACACCAGAUCAGAGAGAUGGUAUAUCCUUGCACUUUGCUAUAGUGCAUCUGGCAUGGAUGAUAGUGCACUAAACAUCAUAAGGAAUGGUGUUUGUGUACUGGAGAGAAAGGGAAAGCCUCAUAUUCCAUCUCUUCUUUUAGGAGCAAAACUAUGUUGUAAGAACCCAAUGCAUGCUUCUGAAGGGAUAAAAUUUGCAAAUAAAGUCAAGAAGUCUUUCAGAAGUUGUGAUAUGCAUUUCAUCAGCAUUGUAAACCAUUUUCUUGGCGUUUGUUAUGGACCUUUUUCUAGGUCCUCCACCUCAGACUUGGACAGAUCGAGAUUACAAGAUGAUGCACUAAGGCUGCUGCAGGAUGCUGCUGCAAUGGCAAAGUAUAAUCCUGAAAUAUUGUAUAGCCUUGCUUGGGAAAAUGCAAUGCAACGGAAACUCAAUGCAGCUGUUGAAAGUGCAACAGAGUGUCUUGAGAUGGUGAUGGGAGGGUCCGUUAGUGCCUGGAAAUUAUUAAUUCUUAUAUUAUCUGCACAGCAAAAUCUACAAGAAGCUGAAGCAGUAGCGGAUUUUGCAAUGGAUGAAGCUGAGAAAGAUGAUCAGUUGGACAUUUUGAGGCUGAAAGCGCAGAUUCAAGCUUCCCGUGGACAGUUCAAGUCUGCAGUGGAAUCUUUUCGGGUUUUGCUUUCGACUAUCCAAGCAAAGAAGGAAGUCUGGAAGUCGACCAGUUGUAAGGAGGUUAAAUCCCUGCAGAAGUUGGAGAUGGACACAUGGUUAGAUUUGGCAUCGAUAUACACAAAGCUCGAGGCAUGGCAUGACUCGAACAUCUGUCUUGACAAAGCCAUAUCCAUUGAUUUCUUUUAUCCCAAGUGUUGGCACGUCAGAGGGUGAAGGGAAAGUGGAGGCAAAGAUGUUCAGCUGUUUUCGGCAACUGGUCACAGAGUACGCUGAUCUUUGACCACGUUCCUCCUUGAUGGAUUGUUUAGCCCACGUGCAUCCAGUUUAGCAAAAGGCAUUAUUGGUUCCCCAUUAUUCAAACUAAAACAACGGCGCAUGCUAAUUAGCGGUCGCUUGCUGGAAGCUCUCCGAGCGAACGAUUUCCGACAACGGUGAACUUUCCACUUGUAGAAAUUUUUUAUUUCCCCAACUUUCUACUUUUAGAAUACGAUGACUUAUGUAUAUAACUGACACAUAACUUUUUACAAACAUUUGGUUUCGGACUAUGAUUUUAGCAUAACUUUCGAAACAUAUACAACUUAUACGCGUAACUUAUACAUACAACUCUAAACAACAUUCGACUUAUACGUAUAACUUUUCCUUCCAACGUGUUACAUAAUAAUUUUGUAGCGCAAUUUUUAUGACGGAUAUAAAUUAUUCAUACAAUUUUUGUUAUAACUUUGAUUAGAAUUGUAUUAGACAACUUAUGUAUAUAGAUUAUGCACAUAAAGAAUUCACAUGAGUACAAAUGUUAAAUUUUACUAUAACAAAAAAACUAAUUGAAUGGAAAAAAGAAAAAUGGAAAGACAAAAAGAAAAGAAAAGAAAAAGUCAAGUGCGAACCUGUGCUGCCGCUGUGCGGGGUGGGUGCGACGUGCGUGGCAUGUGGAGCCGUCGGCCGUCGCGCGCUAGGAGGGUUUGGGACGAGCGACUGCUAAUUCAGCUUUGCGUAAAACAACUCUCAAACUAAAACAACUCUGAAAGCCUAACAACUUGCAAACUGAAACUGACAGCUUCAUCUUACUACUAGCAGAAGCAAUGGCUAUCACAGCUGUACAGACACCACAACACAAGUCGAUGUGGAAAAUGAUAGAAGACAUACACAUGAUGGGGCACACAAGUGGGCACAUGCACACACAGAUUUUCAAACAUGCCCCUUAAGGACAACUUCCUCCUUUAGUAGCUCAACGAAUUGGGGUCUGAACUAUGCAUGAGCCUCUUAGUCCAUUAUCUUGUUCGUCCCCAGGAAACCACUACUCUGCAUGGUCAAUGCUGUGGCAUGUUCUCCAUCGAGAGAUCAGUAUGCGGCCUGUUUGCCAGCAGCUCUUCCUUUUGAUUCUUGCUUCUUUGUUUGGGACUGGGUAUUCACUUUCUUGAUUGCUUUGUUGCAACUUAUGCAUGGAGUUGAGAUAAGUGAUCUGCUCAAUGACUUCAGAAAUGUGGGUUGUGGUGAUUCCACUGAAAAGUUGACUCUGCCACUCUCUGUACAAUAAUGAGCUUUUGAGCAAUCCUGGUUCACAAAUGCUACAUUUAAACUACUAUGCUCAUUGCUUUGUCAAAAUUAAGAAAAUUAAAAUAAAUUCUUGUGACUUCAACCAAUUUCUUAUUUAAGUUUUUGUGUGCUCUGGGUAUUAAGAAAGUUGGAUAGUCCCUGAAACUUAAUAAUAUUGUGCUUGUGUAUCUAGAACUGUUAUAGUUUAACUAUUACA